CUGCUGUGGUAUGUGGUGUGAAAACAUAAAAGUUAAGGUGAAAGUGCAUAAGAGCCUCAGUUGUCUGAAGAAGAGGCUGAUGGACACAUGAGAAUUCGAAGCAAAAAGAUAAUUUUGGACGGCGAAUUAUGAGAUAUUACUUCAUUUUGCUGUCCUCAACAAUAUUUUGCUCCUUUGGUGUGGAAGUUGUUCAGGAGAAUAAUGUAAAAAUAGCUGCAGCGGGAGAGGAUGUGAACCUUCCUUGUACAUUUUCAAGGCUUCUGCAGGCGACAAAAGCAUGGUUUAAACAAACAGCUGAUGGAAAAUCCCUACAAAUUGUGUCUUUAUAUCUAGAUCAAAUACCCAAUUGGAAUAACAACUCUGAGAAUGGUUUUAAUAUCAUGAAAGAAGAUGGUUAUUUUAAUCUGACCAUUUUAAAGACAAAGCCGUCAGACUCUGCAACAUAUUACUGUGUAAUCUCAACUGCUUACAACAUUGGAAUGGGUUCAGGAACUCGAUUAUUUGUCAGAGACUCAGCCAAGGACAGAAACACAACUCUUCAUCAGUCUUUGAUAGACACUGUUGAUCCAGGAGAUUCAGUGAAUUUGCAGUGCAGCAUCUUUACUGAGAGCUGUGCAGGAGAUCACAGCGUCUACUGGUUCAAGCAAAGCUCAGGAGACUCUGAAGGAGUGCUUUACACCAAAGGAGAGAGAAAUGGCCGCUGUAAGGACAGCACUGAGUCUCAAACACAGAGCUGUGUCUACAGUCUCCACAAGAACAACAUCAGUCGCUCUGAUUCUGGCAUUUACUACUGUGCUGUGGCCUCAUGUGGAGAAAUACUACUUGGAAGAGGAACUCAGCUGAAUAUUAGAGAAAGUGGUCAUUUAUAUCCUGGUCUUCUUGCACUUUUUGGAGUUUUAAAUAUUAUAUUUUUGGCCCUUGCUGUUUUUCUGGGAUUCAAACUCUUCAGGGGUCAGAGAAAAAGUAAGACUGAGUACAACAUAUUUAACCAAGACAGCCUGAAUUACGCAGCCAUUACUUUUAGACAGAAACCUCUGAACACCAAAAGAGCAAGAGCACAAAUUACUCAAGAGCAAUCUCUGUACGCACAGGUCAGAUCACUUCAGUGACAUUCAACAUUUUGCUUCUAUGCAGUUAAAAUCUUUGUAUUUUUAUCUUAAGAAAACUUAUUUGGUUCCAUACAUUUGAUUUGUAAGAAUCAAUUACAGACCUACUAAAUUGAUUAUGCCCAGUAUUUAAAGGAAAGGGUUAAAAAGCAUAAAAAAUUUUCUGACCUUACAAUGUCAUCAAAAUAUAUAAUUUAAAUAAAUAACUGGCCACAUCUACUGUAUGUGUUACUGUGUUAUUCUGGCUUUGUAAUGCAUUUUUUAUUGUUAUGAAGUUGUUGUGUUGAAAAUAAGAAUAAGGUUUGUGCGUUUGUGGAAAAACGUAUGAAUGACUCUCUUUUUGUAUUAUGUGGAACUUUUAAAUUUCAUAUUACAAUAUGCUCCGUUUUACAAUCUCUUUAUGGAUCACUUGUGCUGUAGGAUUUAAUUGU